UUGUCUUGUUAUUUACGUGGACACUUUCUUCCAGUUCAAAAUGCCGAAGGCUGGUGGGAAAAUGAAGGCCAUGAGAAAGGUCGUGGAAAAAGUCGUUCAUAGUAAUGUCAUCAGGGCAAUUAUACCAGCCGGGAUGGCAGUGGCUGGCCCUCCUCUAGGUCCAGUGCUGGGGCAGCGCGGUCUGAACAUUGCAUCGUUUUGUAAAGACUUCAAUGCAAGGACAGCUCACUACAAAGAAGGUAUACCUCUACCCUGCAGAAUACAAGUAAGGGGUGACAGGACUUACGACCUCACUGUUCAUCAUCCAACUACGACUUAUUUCUUGAAACAAGCUGCGGGAGUCCAGAGAGGAGCAAUGAAGCCUGGAAAUGAAGUCUGCGGCAAAAUAACCCUGAAACAUGUAUAUGAAAUAGCAAAGUUAAAAGCUGAAGAUCCACCUCUACAGCUAAUUCCUUUGCAGAGGAUUUGUGAGAUGGUCAUUGGAUCAGCGCAUUCAAUUGGGAUUGAGGUUGUGCAAGACCUUGAUCCAGUGGAAUAUGGUGAGUUCCUCGAAGGUCGAAAAGUCAUCAUUGAAGAGCAACUUAAAGAAUUGGAAGAGAAGAAGGAAGCCAAGUUGUUACGAAAAUAGUGAAGCUCAUUUACAAUAUAUUGUGGUAUGGUUUGGUAACAUACUUAAAAAGGAUUUAAUGCAUUCUGGUUUACAUUUUUUAAGUACUGUAUUUGUUAUUUGAUACAAUAUACUUUAGUAAAAUAGCCUUUACCUGUAUACUAUUCUUAGCCAUAGAUAAAGACAAUUGCAUCGUCUAAAUUUGGUAGUGAUACAGUUAUGAGCUUACCAGUCUGCAUUAUUAUGUAAACAGUGUAAAUACUGUAAUGUAUUUGUUGUAUAAUUACAUGAUUUUGUUAUA